AAGAAAGCACGGCUGAGUGGCAGUCGCUCAGUGCAAGUAUCGAGAAACUGAGUUAUUUCAUUGUAGAUUUAAACGGUUCUUCUUGUAGAUUUAUGAAUGUACGUCGUUUUAUACAGUUGUUGACAUUUCUGCGGAUCGAACCGAAGCGGUUCUGAGCGGACCCGGAAAACUAAGAAACUCAAUCAAUCGCUCUAAAGUUGAUCAUCAUCUCCGCCGUAACCGACCAUGAUGAAGGUGUGGCAGCAGCUCUUCCUGUAAACACCGGCAGCUGCGGCUCACGGAUGACCGCAGAGGAACCACGAGGAACCGGGAGGAUCCGGUGACAAACAGCUGCUACUGAAGAUGGAGGAGGAACUGCUGGAUCAGCUGGUUUCCGGGUUCGGGAUCCUGGUGACCUGGGUUGCAGCUGGUGCCAUGGUUUUUGGGGGCGUCGUUCCCUACGUCCCCCAGUACAGACACAUCCGGCGCUCCCAGAAUGCUGAGGGCUUCUCCACCUACGUGUGUCUGGUUCUGCUGGUGGCAAACAUCCUGAGGAUCCUCUUCCGGUUUGGACGUUACUUCGAGACGGUGCUGCUGUGGCAGAGCAUCGUCAUGAUCUGCACCAUGCUGGUCAUGCUGAACCUGUGCACCAACGUCCGCAUGGCGUCCGAGCUCAGCACCAAGCGGCGCUCCUUCAUAGUGACAGAUGGUAAGGACGAGGAGAUCAGAGUCCCUAAGAGGCUCUUUCUGGACUUUGAGUGGAACUAUUUCUGGCUGUGGAGUCGUUUCAUGGACUACAUGCAGUGCGUGCUGGCCUUCACCCUGGUGGCGGCCUACAUGACCUACCUUCUCCUGGACUCCACGCUCUUUGUGGAGACCCUGGGCUUCCUGGCUGUUUUCACAGAGGCAAUGCUCGGCACGCCGCAACUCUACUGCAACUAUCAGAACAAGUCCACAGAGGGCAUGAGUGUGAAAAUGGUGCUGAUGUGGACCAGCGGGGACACCUUUAAGACCGUCUACUUCCUGCUUACACAGGCUCCGGUCCAGUUCUGGACUUGUGGUUUGCUGCAGGUUCUUGUGGACUUUGCCAUCCUGUUCCAGGUAUACUACUACAGCCGGUACCCUCAGAAGCCAGCCCCCCACACGGUGUCCCACACCACCAGCGCCAAAGCCCUCUAGGGAUGCACUUUAAGAAUGUACGAAGCUCCUUUUCAAUCACACGACACAGGGAGGUCCUCAGUCUUCUUUACACCAGGAAAAGCAUCAAAGCGCCAGUGAACUGGAGGGACAUUUAAAAUACUCGUUUUUCUUGCAUGAUCCUACAGACUUUUUCCAUGCAAAGAGAUGCCUGAAGAUCAAGGUUAUGGAAUCAAAUAUUAUGCACACGUGUGCCUGAAUGUCCAGUAAAUGUCUAACUGUAAAUGUUUACACCUCAUGAAAGUGUGCUGAUGAGCAUCAUGAAAAGGCACUUGGUAAUAACCCUCAAUUGCUUUGGAUGAAGUCAUCCUCUUCAUCAUUGUGAAACUGCAGCUUCUGCUUUAACACAGUUGGCUCAGACAGCAGCUGGAGAUCUUAAAGUCCUUGUGAUGGACCCAUUCCCAGAGCUUAAUAAAACCAAAAACUGUAAAUGGAAGAACCACAUUAGUGUUUGUCUCACGUGGAUCUGGGUUUCUGGUUCUUCAUGCACCUGCAGUGUCUUCUGUCCUAACGGAGGAACUUCACUCAGGCAAAUCAAGUCAAAGUCUGCACUGCGUAAAGUUUGUUAAAUGGCAUUUUUCAUUGAAUAAAGAAAAUCACAAAAGUGUUUAAUAAUGCAGAUCAGAGCCACAUAAAAGCAGGAUAUUAAAAGAAACAUUAAAUGAUAAAAUCCCAUUUUUAGCUGAAAACACUGCAGUAGAAAAAACUUCAGAUGGGUUUUAAAAGCCUCAGCUGAGUGAGGUCAGAGUUUGGAAGCAUCACUUAACAUUUGCAAACUUAUAGAAAUAAAAAUAUCUCCCUUAGAGCUGUGGUUAAGACCCUACAGAUUAAAAAAAAACUGUGUCAUAAUAAACUUUAAUUAUUUUAAGACAAGCUGCAUUUUUGCAGAAUCGUGUUUAUAAAGAAUAUUCUAAAGUAACUGCAUCCUUCCUCGUUAUGGUAAAGGAUGUUUCAGUGAAAGACUGUUCUCUUAAAAAGACUCAGUGACAGUAGAAGGAGUGACGGCGAGGACAUUUGAACCUCGUCCAGCCCACAAACAAACACUUUAUGACCAUCACAACAAUACCGGUUCAUCAUCUACCUGCGACUCCUACUAGGAGAUCAUGUCCCACAUCUUUUCACAUAAGACGUUUUAAAAAAAUGGCAAGAGUAUUUCAAUGAACUCUGGUGAAACAAUAAUAAUAUUCUACAUUCAUUGGUGAGAGUCCAUAUGAAGAACCGAUGGCCAAAGCUCAUGUUAUGUUCCAUCAAACAGAUGGAGAUCUUUUACCUGGGUCAUAUCAGCUGUUCAACUGGCCAGUUAGAUUUUUUUUAAUGUUUAUUUAUAUAUUUUCUGAGCAGCUGUCGCUCAGAGCAGGUUCCGCUGUUUUCUUUCAAGAAGAGAGUUUCCUGCAGAAAUGCAGCAGCAGAUCAGAAGCCUCUCUGCUGUCAGGAGGAACCAGAAAGCUGAGCAGACUUGUUUCCUUCCUUAAAACCAGCUUAUUCAGCAGAAAAGGACUGAAACGAACGUUACACAAUUACAAUUUUGUGACUGUUUACAUCCAUAUUUUUUUCCUUAUUUUUGUAAUAUGUUCCCCUUUAACUCUGUUUGAAUCAUUUCUUCUCUUUGGCUUUUUUGUAUUAUUUCUUCAAAUUGAGGUUUCUUUUUCUUGAUGUUUAAACUUUAGCAGGUUUGUGAGAAAUGGCCUGUUUCUCUGAUUUUUGCAAACAUUGUGGCUUAUUAAAGAAUUUUUCCUGGGA